AUGGUUGGUCAAAUGAAGUUGAUGAUUGCAGAGGAACAAAAGUUCCAAGGGAAAGCAUUGUCGCUAUCCCAUACGAAGACCGCAAUCACUACGAUAAAAGAGAAAUUCACUGAACAGCAGCUGCAAAUGUUUGAACAGAGUUGUUUUGGUCAUCUCCUAUGGAUUGAGGACCUCAAGUGGACUUCUCUAAUUGUCCACGGCUUGCUGCUCAGGAAAGCUGAUCCCAAGACAGUUUCCCAACUGAACGAGAUCAAAUUCAUUGUUGGCAAUAAGGUCAUACAAUUCACGGCGCAGCAAUUUUGCAUCGUGACAGGGCUAAGAAAAGGCCUUCCUCGAAUGCGAUGUGUGGACGAUGUAUUGAAGCUUGGAUUCGUAUACUUUGCUGUGUUUGUGCUGUUGGGCAGUGAAAAACAUGUCCACAUUGACAUGCGAUAUUUGAAGUUGGCGGAAGACCUUGAAGACUUUGGGAAGUAUUCAUGGGGUGUUGUGUGUUAUGCGAAGACAAAUGCGUCACUGCUGAGGGCACUUUGUGCAAAUUACAAGAGAGUGAAAGUGCCCACAAAAACUGCAAAAACAAAAAAAUUUGGAAAGAAACCAACAACAACGGCAACUGGUAGACCAAGAGAGUACCAUCUCAAAGGUUUUGCCUAUGCACUUCAGAUUUAG